GCCUGAGGGCAUAUCCGUUUUACGAUGCGCCAAAUCCCCCAGAGUUCGUGGAACGUCUGUUGAAGGACCGUGGGGUGAUUCCGGACUCUCCGGUAGAGACGACGGAACUCCCAAACGAGUCGGAGGGAAGCGAUGACACAACGCGCCGCAAAAAUUAA